AUGGCUUUCCCCGACAUGCCCUUGGCCGUGCUCUCCUGCCUGGCUCUGCUCGCCGCGACGGCGGCCUCGCACCGUCCAUCGCCGCUGUCGACGGCGACGUCCGCACCCGUGCCGGCUUCGGCGCCGGCCGUGGCCGGCCUGGUGGAGCGGCUGCAGGGCGAGGGGUCGCAGCAGUGCUGGGAGGCGCUGGUGGAGAUCAAGUCGUGCACGGGCGAGAUCAUCCUGUACCUCCUCAACGGCGAGGCGUACCUGGGGCCCGGGUGCUGCCGCGCCAUCCGCGUCGUCGAGCACAGCUGCUGGGCCGCCGACGCCAUGCUGUCCGUCAUCGGCUUCACCCCCGAGGAGGGGGACAUGCUCAAGGGAUACUGCGACGCCGGCGACGACAGCGGCGGCGGGCAGAAUGGCGCGUCGCCGCCUCAGCGUGCUGCCGCGGCCGCCGACGGCGUUGCUGCACGCGAGAGCGUCGCUGCUGUGGAGGGAAGGAAGAGCGCCUCGGUGCACCGUUGA